UAUACGUCUCAGGCGCCAGCCGGACAGUUGAUUGUGCUGCGCAUGGAAACGUGCAUGGACGACAUUGAGGUCUUCUGAGAGGGACAAUCAUGUACAGAAGAUUGUUAAUAAAUAUUAAUCAGGUUCGAAAUAGAUUCAUUCAUACGCACAAUACACGAUUAACUUUACCUUCCACAAAAUGUAAAGAGAGGGAGAGUUUCGCCCCUGUUACCAGGGCCCCAUGUACAGCAAGGCCAUUAGGAACCAGUAGCAUCUCUUUUAGUGAAAAUAAAGAGAGCUCCACAUCCCUGUCAGAAGACAAAGGAAAGACACCAGAAGAGAAUGAGGUGAAUGCAGAGGUUAACACUGAUGGGCAGAGGAACACAGAAAUGAAUGAGGGCACUGACAUUUCAAAUGCAACAUUGACAUCACAGUUAGAGACUGAACCAGAGGUUAAACCUGAGGACAGCAAACAGCUUGAAAAGACAAAAAGUGGGAAGGAGAGUCUUUUGGAGCUACUUGGGGCAAUGAAGGUGGAGGUCACAACCGUACGUAAAAUAAGACCCUCAAAGACUCCAAGAACGAGUGAGAGGCCCGACCAAGAGCCCAUGGAAAGCACACACAGCAUGUUCCAGCGUGCCGCAGCUGAGGGUUCACAACAGCAUGGGACCUUGAGUUCAGCGCUGGUUGCUGCAGUCUCUGCCGCCGCAUCCACCCUGCCGAACAGACAUCAGGCAGAGUCAGAGCUCCUUAAGCAGCUGAGGAAACAUGAAGCCAUACCUGACACCCAGAGGAGAGCAGACUUAGGACACAUAAUUGCCAAUAUGAAAGUCGGAAAGAGGCCGAAUGGCAGAUCAAACGUCAGACCUACCAGUCAGAUUCGUUUUGACGAUGACGGAAAGGGAUAUACUCAAGACAGAGGCAUUACCAGUGAACUUGAUGGAGUCCGUAGAAGGAAGAGUCCUUUCACUAGUAAGAGGUUGAACCUCUUUGCUGCAGGUGCUGAGCAAGACACAUUGUCAGAUUUGGGUAAGGAGAAGUUCUGUUUUAUGGCAUUAACACCUUGCAGCUGACACAUUUGAGUAUGUCCGUGUGAAACAGUGUAGCGUCUGGACCAAUCAAAAACACAAUUUUUCAUUUGAUUUAACAAAUC